AUGUCUAUCUGGAAAGAGGCUAAAGACGCAAAUGGAAGGGUAUAUUAUUACAACAGUUUGACAAAGAAAUCCACGUGGGAGAAACCAAAAGAACUAGUUUCUGAGGAGGAACAGCUUCUUCGAGAGAAUGGAUGGAGGGCAGCCAAGACCAAAGAAGGCAAAGUGUACUACUAUAAUCCAGCCACUAGAGAAACCAGUUGGACUAUCCCAGUUUUCGAGAAGAAAGUUCAAACCACCGCUAAAAAGGAGUCUGAUACAACAGCAUCUGCAAAAGCUAAUGAAAAUAUAGCAGUUCGGGAGAGAAAAGAUUUAAGGCAAACCACAAAACAAGAGGGAAUCCAGUAUGCCAAUAACUCUCAACUACUAAAUGUUAAAAGAAGGACUAAAGAAGAAGCAGAAAAGGAAUUCAUUACAAUGCUGAAAGAUAACCAAGUAGACUCUACUUGGUCGUUCAGUAGAAUUAUUUCGGAAUUGGGAACCAAGGAUCCGAGGUAUUGGAUGGUCGAUGAUGAUCCCCUAUGGAAAAAAGAAAUGUUUGAAAAAUAUCUUUCUAAUAGAUCCGCUGAUCAACUUCUAAAGGAACAUAAUGAAACAAGUAAAUUCAAAGAAGCAUUCAUAAAAAUGUUACAGGAAAAUUCCCACAUAAAGUAUUACACCCGUUGGUCAACCGCGAAAAGACUGAUUGCUGAUGAACCAAUAUACAAACACUCUGUGGUUAACGAAAAGACCAAGAAACAGACUUUCCAAGAUUACAUCAACACUCUCGCCGAUGCUGAGAAAGAAUCGAAGAAAAAAUUAAAAACUCAAGCCUUAAAUGAACUAAGAGAAUAUUUGAGUGGCAUAUUAACGGCUUCGCCUUCCGAGCCUUUCAUAACAUGGCAGCAACUUUUGAAUCACUACGUUUUUGGUAAAAGUAAGAGGUAUAUGGCGAAUAGGCACUUCAAAAGUCUAACCCACGAGGACGUUUUAAUUGAGUACCUGAAAAUUGUAAAGUCGAUUGAAAGUGAACUUGAAAAUAAAUUAAACAACCUUCGACUGCACAAUUAUACCAGAGAUCGUAUUGCUAGAGAUAACUUCAAGAGCCUACUGAAGGAGAUACCAAUCCAAAUCAAGGCAAAUUCUAAAUGGUCCCAUAUUUAUCCUUGUAUAAAAUCCGAUCCACGGUUUUUGCAUAUGCUGGGACGGAACGGUUCUUCCUGCCUUGAUUUAUUUCUAGAUAAUGUGGAUGAACAAAGAAUGUACAUUUUCGCGCAAAGAUCAAUAGCCCAACAAACUCUGAUAGAUCAAAACUUUGAAUGGAACGAUAUUGACAGCGAUGAAGUUAUCAAGAAGAGCAUAGAAAACGUUCUGGCGAAUGACUCAAAGUUCAAUAAGGUAGAUAAAGAAGACCUCAGUUUGAUAACUGAUGGCAUAAUAAAGCAAAGAAACGAAAGAAUACAACAGAAACUCCAAAACGAGCGUAUGAUAUUGGAGCAAAAGAAACGCUAUUUUUGGUUACUUUUGCAAAGGAAGUAUACCAAAGCUGGUAAGCCCAAGCCCAGUACAUGGGAUUUAGCUUCCAAAGAGCUAAGUGAAUCUCUUGAAUACAAAGCAUUAGACGAUGACGAUAGUAUAAGAAGGCAAAUUUUUGACGAUUUUAAACCUGAAAGUUCUGCACCAACUACCGAAAGCACCACUGCAGGUUUACCAUUAACCGCAAAAAAGAGGCAGUUAAGCCCUGCGCUCGAAUUAGACUAUUGA